AUGCCGCCCCGUCGCUCCUCUCGCCAAUCGGCUACCGCUUCGAAGAAGCAGGAACCCAUCGUCAUCUCCUCCUCCGACGAUGAGAAGGUCGUCAUUGCUCAGCUCGAAUCGCCCGUCCGCCGACGUCGAGCUGGAACCGCGAGCUCGCUCGCUGCCUCUGCUCUGAGCACGCCGGCCACCGCCCGAUCCUCGCGCACCAACUCGACCUUCGCCUCUGGCAGUCACACCCCCGAGACCUCUGUCGAAGGCGACGACGACCAUGAGGACGACGUCAAGGACAUCGAGAUUGCCCAGAUCGAGCCUCGUCCCCGCAGCACUCGCCCCAGCCGAUCCGCGUCCAUCAAGACACAAGUCAAAGCAGAAGCCUCAGCCGCUUCAUCGAGCGACUCGCGAAAGCGCAAAGCAUCUUCCACAAUCGCCGCCGCUCCGGCAAAGAACUCGAAGACCGAAGAGGACGUCAAGCCACUGGCUCGUCGCCCCUCGGCUCGCAGCCAGCCCUCGAGCAUCUCCACCGUCAAGCGCUGGACCAAAGAAGACGAUGAGGCUCUCGAUGCUAUGCUGGACCGAGAGCUCGGCCCGGAGAAUCCCGCAGCCGCAGCAGUCAAGGCAGAGGUUGACAGUCAGCUCGGAGGCAAGGGCUCCGCCAAAGGCAAGGGCAAAGCCACCGCCAAGAUCGAAGACGACGAGAGCGAUGUUGCUCUCAGUGACAUUGACCUUACUCCUCGUUCGCGUCGACAGCCUCGCCGCAGCACGGCGUCCUCCGGCACCAAGGCGCUGAAAUUGUACAAAGACGAGUCUGACGACGACAACGUCUCUCUGGACGAGGACAAGUACGAGGAGGAUGACGCUUCUUUCGACGACAUCAGCAGCGACGAAGAGCCCCUUGCGAAGAAGAAGAAGUGGUCCGCCGCGUCGCGAGACAACGCCGUCGCUGAAGCUGGUCCUAGUACGUUUGCCUCGCUUCAGGACAUCAAGUUCGACUCCGACGACGACGACGCCACCGACGAAGACGAUGAUUUCGAGCCGCCCGCCGCCGGCGCCGCGGGCAACAACUUCUAUGCCGAGGACAUCCAGUACGAGACCGCAAAGCAGCGCCAGGCUCGAAUCCGAAGCGAGAAGCGUCUCGCACGUCUGAAGAAGAAGGAUGCUCGCACCCAGUACGACAAGAACUUCACAGCGCUCACCAAACACCAUCCUCAGCUCAAGUCGGUCUGGGAAGACCUGCAGAGGACCGUCGCCGUCAUCAAGCCCGAGGAGGCCGAACAGCCUACUGGCCUCAACAUCCGACUUUUGCCUUUCCAACGCGAGGGUCUGUUCUGGAUGACUCGCCAGGAGCAGGGCACUUGGAAAGGAGGCAUGCUCGCCGACGAGAUGGGUAUGGGCAAGACCAUCCAGAUGAUCAGCCUCAUGCUCUCUGACCGCAAGAAGCCUUGUCUUGUUGUCGCCCCUACCGUCGCCAUCAUGCAGUGGCGCAACGAGAUUGAGCAGUACACCGAGCCCAAGCUCAAGGUCCUCAUGUGGCACGGGGCCAACCGGACUCAAAACCUCAAGGAACUUCAGGCAGCUGACGUCGUGCUCACCAGUUACGCCGUGCUGGAAAGCAGCUUCCGCAAGCAGGAGUCGGGCUUCCGCCGCAAGAACGAGCUCCUCAAGGAAAAGUCGGCCCUCCACGCCGUGCAUUGGCGUCGCAUUAUCCUCGAUGAGGCUCACAACAUCAAAGAGCGCUCGACCAACACCGCCAAGGGUGCCUUCGCUCUGCAGGGCGACUUCCGAUGGUGUCUCAGUGGCACGCCUCUGCAGAAUCGUGUCGGUGAAUUGUAUUCGAUGAUCCGCUUCCUGGGUGGUGACCCCUUCGCCUACUACUUCUGCAAGAAGUGCCCUUGCAAGUCGCUGCACUGGUCCUUCAGCGACAAGCGCAACUGCGACUCCUGCGGUCACACGCCCAUGCACCACACGUGCUACUGGAACAACGAGAUUCUCAAGCCGAUCCAGCGAAGCGGUGCUCAGCACGGCGAAGGUCGCGAUGCUUUCCGUCGUCUGCGCAUCUUGCUCGAGCGCAUGAUGCUGCGACGAACCAAGCUAGAGCGUGCCGACGACAUGGGUCUGCCGCCGCGUACCAUCGAGGUGCGUCGCGAUCUGUUCAACGAAGAGGAGGAAGACCUGUACACGUCGCUCUACACGGACACGACUCGAAAGUUCAGCACCUACCUCGAUCAGGGCACGGUGCUGAACAACUACUCGAACAUCUUCACGCUGCUGACUCGAAUGAGGCAACUCGCCAACCACCCCGAUCUCGUCCUGCGAUCUAAGACGGGUCUCGCCUCCAAGCUGCUUGGCGAGGACCAGAGCGAGAUCCACGUCUGCCGUAUCUGCACCGACGAAGCCGAGGACGCUAUCAUGUCUCGCUGCAAGCACAUCUUCUGCCGCGAGUGCGUCCGUCAGUACCUCGACUCGGAGAUCGUGCCGGGCAUGGUUCCCGACUGCCCCUAUUGCCACGCCACUCUUUCGAUCGACCUGGAGGCUGAGGCGCUGGAACCUCCUCAGGGCUCGAUUCGCAUGAACGACUCUGGACGCCAAGGCAUCCUGUCGCGACUCGAUAUGGACAAGUGGCGAUCGAGCACCAAGAUCGAGGCGCUGGUUGAAGAGCUGACGCAGCUGCGCAGCGAGGACAAGACGAUCAAGUCGCUGGUCUUCUCGCAGUUUGUCAACUUCCUCGACCUGAUCGCCUUCCGUCUGCAGCGCGCCGGCUUCCAGAUUUGCCGACUGGAGGGCAACAUGUCACCCGAAGCUCGUAACCGCACCAUCAAGCAUUUCAUGGAGAACCCGGGUGUGACGGUGUUCCUGGUGUCGCUCAAGGCAGGAGGUGUCGCGCUCAACCUGACGGAAGCCUCGCGAGUGUACCUGAUGGACCCCUGGUGGAACCCUUCGGUCGAGGUGCAGGCGAUGGAUCGUAUCCACCGUUUGGGUCAGCACCGUCCGAUCAUUGUCAAGCGCAUGGUGAUCGAGAACAGCAUCGAAUCGCGUAUCAUCGAGCUGCAGAAUAAGAAGAGCGCCAUGAUCGAGGCUGCCAUUGGCAAGGAUGACGGUGCCAUGGGCCGACUCAGCGUCUCUGAUCUGCGUUUCCUGUUCACGCUCUAA